GACUUGAGAUGCUGGAAUUUGAGCGUUUCUACCAUAGCAGGCUCAAUGUCUAGUCUCAGCUCCCCUUUGACACCAUGCGACCGCCUUGUAGCUAUCCCUUGCCGGCGGUACAGUGCGGACGCCACCCUGCUACUCGUGGGAUUCGUCGGCGCCGGAAAGAAAACCCUAGGCAUCAUUGCAUCGGUCGCGCUGCGUCGCAGGUUCAUUGAUUUUGAUGCUGUAUUUCGCCAGGAGGUGCACCUAUCUCCUCAGGAGUACAUUGCGCACAACGGUCCUGCGCGAUACCGGGAGCUGGAGCUAAAAUUGACUCGCUCGUUGCUAGAGAAAUGCUCUACAGGAUGUGUAAUAACCAUCACUGGUGUGGGAUGGUCAGCGAAUCGCCAACAGCAGGUGCUUCUGAAGGAAUUUGCACAGAAUCAUCCUGUGGUGUAUGUCAGACGCGACCGGGUUGAUCUUCAGCAGUUCAUCAUGACCACUAGCCCUGACAAGUUCAACCGUAUCUUUGAAGCAGGCAAUGAGUUUUUCCAGUCAUGCUCCAGCUUUGACUUCUUCAAUCACACACAAGAGAAGGUGACUGACUAUGCUGGUCGCCCACUCCCGGCGUAUAUCAAACUCAAGGAGGCUGAGAGGGUGUUCCUGAGGUUUUUGCAUCAAGUCUUCGGGCGCGCUUUUCAUGUGCUCUACUCCUCGGACCCGUUUUCACCGUCUCAUACAUAUGCGCUGCAGGUGCCGUUGACCUGGUUGGAAGAUAAUCCGGACUUGGGACUUCUGGAGAGUGGUACUGACGCGGUUAAUCUUGUGAUUGACGGGGGUGCAGCUGAUCUUGAUGAUGGUCGUUUCAUGGAAAGGAUUGCCAAGCAUAUGGCGACAAUCCGGAAACAUACCCGGGUUUCAGUCUCCAUUGAGGUUCCUCAGCAGUCAAAUCCUAGAUGCCGCCAGCUCUUAGAGAUGCUUUUUCGACUGGCGCCCGAUGUUGUGGCGUGUCCUGUUGACAGCCCCGACUUUAGCCGAUUAAAGCUGGCCAAAGGUCACACAAAGAUCAUUGCCACCUAUCAGUCAACCUCUAUGACGGGAAACCAGAGCAUCUUUCCUGAAGUUCGCUCUCUCUUAGAAAAGACAGAUGAGCUUGGCUUUGACGCUUUUCGCAUCACUUCGGAGCCCAACUUCCCUGGCGAUCUCAGCAACCUGAAUUUACAACAACGGCUGGGUGAGAUAACCGACAUCCCCAUAACCGCAUACCAUACUGGGCCACUCGGCCGAGCAUCUAUAUGUUUAAAUCCUAUUCUCUCACCAGUGAUACUCCCAUCUUUACCAGAAGGUGACAUAGGAGUCACACUCGCAUCAGCCCAACAAGCACUUACCUCAUGCUACCUACUCACAAAACAAACAUUCACCGUUUUUGGCCAAAGAGUCCAAAACAGUCUAUCACCAGCAAUGCACAACGCAGCCUACAGUGCCUGCGGCUUACCACACACUUACAACAUAUUAUGCAGCGAUCGAUUCUCCGAUAUCCACAAGCUCCUAAACAGCACUGAACACGGCGGAGUGGCUGUAACACUACCCUACAAAACGGACGUCCUCACCCUGCUGGAUGAAGUCAGUCCAGAUGCCCAGGACAUCCACGCCGUAAACACAGUGGUCAUUCAGCGGUCCAACAAUCCCUCUUCCAAAAUUCUCAAAGGAUACAAUACAGAUUACCUCGGGAUCCGCGACUGCAUUUACAAGCAUCUCUCUCCCGCUAAUGCCAUUCGACAUGGCACAACUGCCUUGAUAAUAGGCGCAGGCGGUAUGGCCCGCGCCGCUAUCUACGCAUGCUACCAGAUCGGCGUUCGUCAGAUGUGCAUCUAUAAUCGGACUAGCUCCAAUGCGCAGAAACUAGCUGAGUACUAUACUCGGUGGGCUGAGAAGAAGGACACCCGUUUGCAGAUUGAGGUUCUGCGGUCAAGCAAUGACCCCUGGCCGGCGGGGUUCCGUCAACCGACAAUUAUCGUGGCGUGCUUGCCUGCGCCAGCCGGUGGACAGUUACAGGCUCCUGUUAUGAUGGAGAUAUCGGAGCAGUGGUUGAGGAGUACGACUGGAGGUGUUUUUGUCGAUGUCGCAUAUGGAAUGCCACAAACGAAGCUGAGAAUGGCUAUGAAUGAACGAUCGGGUAUGGGCUGGGUCGUGGUUGAUGGGCUGGUGGUGUUGCUGGAGCAGGGAAUUGCGCAAUAUGAGCUGUUUACGGGGAGGCCGGCGCCGGUGCAUGUUAUGAGGGGGGUGUUGAGGGAGUAUACUAAUGCUGUUACAUAGCAGGCACUGUGUGUACCUUGCAGGUUUAUAUUGUUUCUGUUACUUUUCAGCGAUACUAUAGUUGAUUUCCAUGCACUAAAACGAAU